UUCGUUAAAGCCGCUAGCCGUGCUGGAUGCAGGGGAUUUUCUGUCUGAAUUAAAUGGCUGCAGAUAGCGAAUCAUGUGAACAAAUUGGGAUUAACAAUGCACGCUCUCGGGGAUGAGAAGUUAAAAACGGUGGCGCCUUUCUGUUGAAAAAUUCAUUCGACGCUCAUUUUAUUUUAUUUUUUCUUUAUAUCCAUCUCCGUUUAACCGCGACUCGUUUCCCUUCUCGGAAGAUUUGCCCUUUCGGCACAGUGGUGAGGAACCUGGAGGCUAGCUCGUCGGCGUAGCAGCGGGGCAGCCACAUCAGCAGCAGCAGCAGCGCCGCUGCUGCCACGCUCGCGUCGGCCCGAAUCUAGCCGCCGUCUCUGCUUCUGCGUGGACCCAAGGAAAGCUCAGGCAUGAGCUUUUGCCAAAAGUAGGAGCGCCUCAUCGUCUUGUGUCGGUGUCUUGCAGGGAUUUCGUCAUGGCAGACAGUAUCAUGAGCAAGGCUGCUACCAUGGAGAUCCCCAUUAACAGCAACGGGGAUACAGGGACUCUGACUGAGGAUGACAGCCUGGAGCAGGAUCUGCAGCAGGUGAUGGUGUCCGGACCCAACCUGAACGAAACCAGUAUUGUCUCGGGAGGUUACGGAGGACCCGCGGGGGGCAUCAUUCCCACCAGCUCCAUCAAAGGGCCUGCAGUUCGCUACAACCCCGAGUAUCUGCAGAGAAGACGAGCCCCUGCACCAGGACUAGACAUUCGCAUGAAAUCCAGGGGUGUUAACUUGCCUAACAGUAACGCUUCAGCCAGUCGACUUGCCCAUCACACAAACCAGCAUCCAGGGCCGUUGAAUCAUAACACUAAUUCAACCGAAGAAGUAUCUCGUGGUGUAGCAGUGGAGAAACUGGACAGUGUGAAGAAAUGGGGCAUUAAUACGUACAAGUGCACAAAGCAGUUGUUCUCGGAGAAGUUCGGCCGAGGCUCACGGACGGUGGACUUGGAACUGGAAGCGCAGAUCGACGUUUUGAGGGACACGAAGAGCAAGUACGAGAACGUUCUGAGACUGGCGACGGCACUCAUCACUCAUUUCCAAAGCAUGGUGCAAACGCAGCAGGCUCUCGGAGACACCUUCACAGACCUGAGCCAGAAGUCCCCCGAGUUACAGGACGAAUUCGGGUAUAAUGCAGAGACGCAAAAGCUGCUGUGCAAGAACGGCGAGGCUUUGCUCGGCGCCAUCAACUUCUUCGUGUCCAGCGUGAACACCUUGGUCAAUAAAACCAUGGAGGAUACUCUGAUGACAAUCAGACUGUAUGAAAAUGCAAGACUUGAAUUUGACGCCUACCGCUCCGACCUGGAGGAGCUGAGCCUGGGUCCGCGGGAUGCAGCCGCUAUGGUUCGCAUUGAGAUGGCUCAGCAGGACUACCAUAUCCACAGAGAGAAAUACGAACGGCUUCGUAGCGACGUCUCCAUUAAACUAAAAUUUUUGGAGGAAAAUAAGGUGAAGGUGAUGCACAAGCAGCUGCUUCUCUUCCAUAAUGCAAUCUCAGCUUACUUUGCUGGCAACCAGCAGCAGUUGGAACAAACUCUUAUACAGUUCAAUGUAAAGCUAAAGCCUCCCGGGUCAGACAAGCCAUCCUGGCUGGAGGAGCAGUAAUGGGUUCAUCUGCUUCUUCACCUUUUCAGUGACACAACUGAUGAGUGGUUAGAAGGAUAUACAUUAAUUGAUUAAUGGAGGUCAUCGUAGAAUCUGUACAACCCUGAUAUAAACCCUUUGUAAUGUUUGUUUUUUUUAGUAUAAUUUAUGGGAUAGAUGGAAAUAUUUUUUUUCUUGUUAGGUCACAAAACUCUUGUUUUUUUGUUUGUUUAUUUUGCUACCCUAUAGUUAGCACAAUCAUUUACAGACAUGUCACUUAUUUAUGUACAAGAUUGUGGUCUAGUAUGGAGGCUCCCUUGGGCAGUUUUGCACAUUUUGUAUUUUAUUUUUCUGCCUAAAUAUACAUUUAACAUGUUGGUGUAUAUUAAAUAUGAGAGGAUUCCAAACGUCUUUAACAGUACGUCACUGGGAUAGUGUAUAUAAUGCUACCGCAUAUCAUCAUAAACGGUAUUUAUUUUCUGAACCAUGUUCUCCUCCUUUUUAAUGUAGAAUAUUUCCCCAAAUUGACCUAAUGUGUUUCUGCUACCACGUCCUGAAGAGUCGUCUUACAAUAAUUCUUUAUUCAGAAUAAAUAAAGGAUUAUGAAAAACAAUCCACUAAACGUUGGUUUUCCACAGAUGCAGAAUGUUGUAAUGAGUCCACCACCACUACAGGCUUGUAUGCUUUUUAUUUUGCCAUCCCAAAGUUCACACACAGAAAUCUCCUCCUUUAACCUUUAAAAGUCCGUUUUGCCGUACUCCGUAUCAGUGGAUAUGUUGGCUUGUUUAUUAAUAAAUACAUAGAUCAUUACAAACAGUCAAAAAGCUCAAAACCCCAGUGUGAGCCAAUUUAAUUUGACUGUAGUAUUACAGGAGGUGCCAGAGUGACGCUAUAUACAGGCUGUGAGGCUUAUUUUUCAAGUCUCUAACCAUAAAACUGAAAGCGGUAAACACUUAAUCUCAAAUGCACUUUAGUUUAAAUAAAAAGGUCAGUGUCCCUUCCAAGACGGAAUGUACAGAGCACCUUUUCCAUAUUUUUUUGUUAUUUAUUUGCUUGUUUGUAACAUGGCAGUGUACAAAUACUGAGGGUUCUUCACGGUUGUAGUCGGAUGGUUGUGUUUUUUCCUCCUCCUGCGUUUCCAAUAAAGUGCUGGAUGUUAAAGUUUCACUA